AUUUUCCAAUUUUUGAUGUUCCUAAGAGGGUCCAGGGGAAGAAAUGGUCAUGUCAACUCUCGGUUUAACGAAUAUAUACCAUGUGAUGCUAUCACCAAUUUUCUCCACGGGAAUGCAGACAACUUCCAAUCAUUUUCCUGGUAGUUUCUGUUGGAGAUUAUAGAAUUCACUUCGGUCGCAUGAUUCAUGGUGUGUUUUGUCAAGUCAACUUAGUAAACGAAUUUCAUUCCCUUGUUUAAUUAAGACAAGAUGAUUGUAGGAGAGAUGGUUCUUUCAGCUUUCUUACAAUCUCUCUUUCAGACGCUGAUGUCUGCACCUUUCAAGAACUUCUUCAAGAGGCGGGAACUGAGUGAGAAUGUACUAGAGAGGCUCAACAUUGCGUUGUUGACAAUAAGUGCGGUUCUGAUAGAUGCAGAGGAUAAGCAGAUUACAAACUCGGUGGUGGAAAAAUGGGUCAACGAGCUGAGAGAUGUUGUUUACCAUGCUGAAGAUGCUCUUGAUGAUAUUGCCACAGAAGCUCUGCGUCUCAACAUAGGAGCUGAAUCUUCUUCCUCCAACAGGCUGAGACAGCUUCGUGGCAGAAUGUCUUUGGGAGAUUUUCUUGAUGGGAGUAGUGAACAUUUAGAGACCCGGCUUGAGAAGGUCACGAUGAGGCUUGAGCGUUUAGCUUCACAAAGAAAUGUCCUGGGUUUGAAAGAGCUUACUGCAAUGACACCCAAAAAAAGGUUGCCAACAACAUCUCUUGUGGAUGAAUCUGAAGUGUUUGGUAGAGCUGAUGAUAAAGAUGAAAUCAUGAGAUAUUUGAUUCCUGAAAAUGGAAAUGAUAGCGGGUUAACCGUUAUAGCUAUUGUUGGCACUGGAGGGGUUGGCAAAACCACAGUUUCACAACUCCUAUACAAUGAUCAACGUGUUCAGAGUCAUUUUGGAACUAGAGUAUGGGUUCAUGUCUCGGAGGAGUUUGACGUUUUUAAGAUCACCAAAAAGGUUUAUGAAUCCGUUACUUCCCGGCCUUGCGAAUUCACCGACCUGGAUGUACUUCAAGUCAAAUUAAAGGAGAGGUUAAUAGGUUUACCGUUUUUGCUUGUUUUAGAUGAUUUGUGGAAUGAAAAUUUUGUGGAUUGGGAUCUUCUACGCCAACCUUUCAUACCUGCUGCUCAAGGGAGCCGGAUUCUUGUGACCACAAGAAGCCAACGUGUCGCAUCCAAUAUGUGUUCUGUCCAUGUACACAACCUUAAGCCAUUAUCUGAUGGAGAUUGCUGGUCGUUGUUCAUAAGAACUGUAUUUGGUAACCAAGAUCCGUGCCUAGAUCGAGAAAUUGGGGAUCUUGCAGAAAGGAUAGUGCAUAAGUGCCGCGGCCUGCCUUUGGCUGUGAAAACACUCGGUGGCGUUCUACGAUUUGAAGGUAAAGUUACAGAAUGGGAGAGAGUUUUGAGCAGCAUGAUUUGGGAUCUUCCAGCUGAUAAGAGCAACCUACUUCAAGUUUUACGAGUAAGCUAUUACUACCUUCCAGCUCACUUGAAACGAUGUUUUGCUUAUUGCUCGAUAUUUCCCAAAGGACAUGCGUUUGAGAAGGAAAAGGUAAUUCUUUUGUGGAUGGCAGAAGGUUUCUUGCAACAGACGAGAAGCAGUAAGAAUCUAGAAGAGCUUGGGGAUGAGUACUUUUCUGAAUUAGAGUCAAGGUCGCUUUUUCAAAAGACAAAGACGAGAUAUAUUAUGCAUGACUUUAUCAAUGAGUUGUCUCAAUUUGCUUCAGGAGAGUUCAGCUCAAAAUUUGAAGAUGGAUACAAACUUAAGGUUUCAGAAAGGACCAGAUAUUUAUCGUACCUGCGAGAUAAUUAUGCUGAGCCUAUGGAGUUUGAGGCUCUUCGCGAAGUCAAGUUUCUCAGAACUUUUCUACCACUCAGCCUCACAAAUUCUUCUCGGUCAUGCUAUUUAGAUACAAUGGUCAGCGCGAAUUUACUUUCAAUGCUUACUCGCGUGCGUGUUUUGUCUUUGUCACAUUACAAGAUCGCAAGGCUGCCGCCAGAUUUUUUCAGGAAUUUGAGUCAUACUCGGUUUUUGGAUCUCUCUCGCACUGAACUCGAGAAACUUCCAAAAUCCCUUUGUUAUAUGUACAACCUCCAGACACUUCUUCUCUCCUACUGUUCCAGUCUGAAGGAGCUUCCUACAGACAUCUGCAACCUCAUCAAUCUGCGGUAUCUUGAUCUGUAUGGAACAAAGCUAAGACAAAUGCCACGAAAAUUCGGUAGAUUGAAGAGCCUUCAGACGCUUACAACCUUUUUUGCAAGUGCUAGUGACGGUGCAAGGAUUUGUGACCUUGGAGAGCUUCAUGAACUUCAUGGAAAACUUAAAUUAGUCGAGCUACAACGAGUUGUGGAUGUCGCCGAUGCUGCAGGAGCAAACUUAUAUAGCAAAAAAUAUCUGAAGGAGAUAGAUUUUGUUUGGAGAACUGGAUCUACUAGCUUAGAGAGCAACACAAAUCCUCACAGGACGCAAAAUGAAGCUGAGGUCUUUGAGAAGUUACGCCCGCAUAGUCAUAUCGAGAAAGUCACCAUUGAGAGAUACAAAGGAAGAAGGUUUCCAAAAUGGUUGAAUGAUUCUUCGUUCUCUAGAAUUGUGUUCAUACGCCUCAGAGAGUGCCAAUAUUGUUCCUCCUUGCCAUCCCUUGGUCAAUUACCAGGUCUCAAAGAACUUUACAUUUCAGGAAUGGCUGGGCUUAGACGGAUAGGUACUGAGUUCUACUUCAGCGAUCUACAACUGCGCGAUCGAGAACAACAGCCAUUUAGAUCGCUUGAAACAUUGCGAUUUGAUAACUUGCCAGAUUGGGAAGAGUGGUUAGAUGUAAGUGUCGCAAGAGGAGACUUAUUUCCUUCUCUCAAGAAACUUUACAUACGGAGAUGCCCAGAGCUAACCCGGAUACCGACCAUACUUCCUUCUCUGAUCUCUCUUCACAUCCAUCAAUGUGGCUUCUUAGAUUUCCAGCCAGACCACCACGAAUACAACUAUGGGAACCUUCAAACGCUAAGCAUAAAAAGCAGCUGUGACUCUCUCAUUACAUUUCCUUUAAGCCGUUUCGAAAACCUCGCCGACCUUGAAAUUGAUCACUGCACAUCUCUGCACACUCUUCAGCUCUCAAAUGAACAUUCGUAUGGUCUGAAUGCUCUAAGAAACCUGAGAAUCAAUGACUGUCAGAAUCUGCAGCGUCUUCCAGAGCUAAACUUGCUGUCUCAAAACUUACAGGUAACGAUCUCGAACUGCAGGUAUCUCAGAGUGCCAAUGGAACAACAUCCUCAAUAUCUUCAUCCUCAGUUUCAUCUUCCACGAUCAAACGUUUCAGGUUCACCGAGGUCUCAUGGUUCACACAGAUCAUAUGAUUCACGUUCACCUUCAAGAUAUGACUAAAUCUGAUUCGUUUUCAUCAGUCAAUAACAUUUUUCUUUGUUCCAGUUCAUUGUAGUUUUUUCUUUCUAGUUGUAUAUGUAUAUGUGUACUACUGUUCUGCAUUAUGUUUUCCUCCAGUCAUUGGGGACUUAUUCCAACAAAAUAAAAUUAUACCUUGACACUU